AUGGCCCUCUUCCAGCGAGGCAUUUCCUUCUUCCAUCAAUUUGCCAAGCCUGAGCUCAAACUCGUCCCGCUGGAGGAAAGGUCGAAGCAGAACGCGGCUCCAGAGUUGCCAGAGAGACCUGCACACCGUGGAGUGCUGCUCGGGUCGUUGAUGUCUUUCAUAUCGGUCACGGCCUUCGCCAUCGGCAUUCCGUUUCUGCAGACCAGGCGGGACGCCUUGGGGUGCGAUGCGCUGUGCCAGGGUGGGCAAACUUCGCUCCGCUCGGCGCUGAAUCUGGUUGGUGCCUCGCUCAUCGGAAGGGCGUCUGACCAGUUCGGACGCCUGCCGAUGCUUUGGCUCGGGCUUGUCAGCUCGCUGGCGACCUUCGGUAUCACCUACAGUAUCAACACGCUCCAAGGCAUGUGGAUCGCCAUUGUUCCUUCUGGGCUGCUGGACCACAGAUGGAACGUGGCCAAGGCGCUUCUCACCGACUACACCACGGAGCGUUGUGGCGACGACGCAGACCGCGCAGGAGCGGUGGGCAAGCUGGGGAUGGCCGUCGGCAUGUCAUUCAUGGCUGGGCCGAUGAUUGGCACGCUGGUCGUCACGACGCACGAGGAGGCCCUCACACUCUCGAUGGUUCUCACCAUAUGCUCGGGUCUUUUCAUUGCGAUGCUGCCCGUGCCAGCCAGGCAGGUGCAGCAUCAGACGAAGUCGUCGUCUGGGAUGAUGGACUUUAUGAGGAUGCCCGUGCUGAGGACGCGGGGUGCGCAGCUGCUCAUAGGGGUGCGCUUCCUGAUGGCGCUCGCCUUCCACAUGUUCGCUCCAGUUUGGCAGGUCUCGCUCAAAGCUCGCUUCGACUUCGGUCCCAGGGACCAUGCCCAAUUCAUGGGGAUGGUGGGCUUCUGUUACGCACUCAGCCAGGGCGUCGUCUCCAAGCCGCUGAUCAAGCUGGCGGGCAGGGACCCGAGCAGGCUCAUCUUGCUCUGCAUUAUCGCCCUCGGUGGCUGCCGGCCCUUCGCGCUGUGGACCACCUCGGUGGCGGUGGUGUAUAUGCUCUACGUGCCAAUGUUCAUUGCUCUAGGCGUGCUGAACACGGCCAUCACCACCGCCUGCUCUUGCCUGGCGGACGGCGAUCAGCUGGGAGGCUUCUUCGGCGUGAUGGAGUCGGUCGAGAGCAUCGCUGGCAUGGUCGGCCCCACCAUCGGCGGCCUGGCUGCCGCUCGCCACGCCGACCUGCCCCUCGCCGCCGUGUGCAGCAGCUACGCUGCCGCCUUCGUCCUCGUGCUGCUCUUCUUUGGCAGGCACGUUGCCCAGAUCACGCCCGAUGCGCCGACUGGCAGCAAGAAGGACCAGUGA